AUGGCAUCUUCACCACGAGCCUUCAUCCGGGCAAUCACCCAGUCGUCUCGGUCCCAUCGAACCCAUGCUAGUCAUUGCUCGUCAUCCGCACAGCGGUCCAGCACGCUCCCCACCUCCAUCAUAGCUUACGAUGCUUCAAGACUUCUAUACAGCUUGAUGCCCCAUCGGUGCAUUUCCACAUCGUCACGUCAUUUUCAAGCUCAGCCUGCCACUGUGCCACGACCAAAUUCUGCAUCCAGCCUGCCUUCUGCCACACCUGCGAAAUCUGCCCUUCCCCCCCAGCCAGGCUCUGCCAACUUGAAAGCGGGUCUUUCCGAUCAGCCAAAGAAGCAGCUUGAUGAGAGUUCCUCGCAGAUAGAUUGGACCACUUCGUUUCACGGACUGUCUGAUGCGCCUUUUUCGAAAGAGGCCGCAGACGUGCUACUCAAACCUCUAAAUCCGAACGACGUGGAAAUCAAGCCGGACGGAAUCAUCUACCUGCCAGAAAUCAAAUAUCGAAGAAUAUUGAACCAGGCAUUUGGACCUGGAGGCUGGGGUCUGGCCCCACGAGGAGAGAGCACAGUUACCGCAAAGGCUGUUACCCGCGAGUAUGCUUUACUUGUACAUGGGAGAUUGGUAUCAAUCGCUCGCGGCGAGCAAGACUACUUCUCCCCAGAGGGGAUCCCUACAGCUGCAGAAGGCUGUAAGUCUAACGCGCUCAUGCGAUGUUGCAAAGACCUUGGAGUCGCCAGCGAACUAUGGGACCCUCGGUUCAUUCGCAAAUUCAAGGCAGAACAUACGAGAGAGGUGUGGGUGGAACAUGUCGUAAGUAAGAAGAAAAAUAGGAUAUGGACAAGAAAAGGCGAUGAGGUUUCGUAUCCAUUCAAGGAGUCCAAAGGCUUUGGUGUGUAA